GACGCUGGCUGCGCCGGGGCUGCGAUCUGCCAGGGACGCCGGCGGCGGGGUCGGGCCGGGGGGCGCGAGCGGCCCGCGGGGCAUCUCCCUCUCUCGCUCCCCACCCCCUCCCUCCCCCCGGUCGGGGGAGGCGGCGUGUCCGGCGGAGGGGCGCGGGGCGCGGGGCAGGGCUGGAGCGCCAUGAGCAGCCCGGAUGCGGGGUACGCCAGUGACGAGCAGAGCCAGCCCCGGAGCGCGCUGCCCGCCGUGAUGGCCGGGCUGGGCCCCUGCCCCUGGGCCGAGUCGCUGAGUCCCCUCGGGGACAUGAAGAUGAAGGGCGAGGCGGCGGCGAGCAGCGGGGCGCCGGCCGGGACGGCGGGCCGAGCCAAGGGCGAGUCUCGCAUCCGGCGGCCGAUGAACGCCUUCAUGGUGUGGGCGAAGGACGAGCGCAAGCGGCUGGCGCAGCAGAACCCCGACCUGCACAACGCCGAGCUGAGCAAGAUGCUGGGCAAGUCGUGGAAGGCGCUGACGCUGGCGGAGAAGCGGCCCUUCGUGGAGGAGGCCGAGCGGCUGCGCGUGCAGCACAUGCAGGACCACCCGAACUACAAGUACCGGCCGCGGCGGCGCAAGCAGGUGAAGCGGCUGAAGCGGGUGGAGGGCGGCUUCCUGCACGGCCUCGCCGAGCCGCCGGCGGCCGCGCUGGGCCCCGAGGGCGGCCGCGUGGCCAUGGACGGCCUGGGCCUGCCCUUCCCCGAGCAGGGCUUCCCCGCGGGCCCGCCGCUGCUGCCCCCGCACAUGGGCGGCCACUACCGCGACUGCCAGGCUCUGGGCGCGCCCCCGCUCGACGGCUACCCGCUGCCCACGCCCGACACGUCCCCGCUGGACGGCGUGGAGCCCGACCCCGCCUUCUUCGCCGCGCCGCUGCCCGGGGACUGUCCGGCCGCCGGGCCCUACAGCUACGCGCAGGCCGCGGACUAUGCGGGGCCCCCGGAGCCGCCCGCCGCCGGGCCCCUGCACGCCCGGCUCGGCCCGGAGCCCGCGGGCCCCGCGAUGCCGGGCCUCCUGGCGCCCCCCAGCGCCCUGCACAUGUACUACGGCGCGAUGGGCUCGCCGGCGGCGGCGGCGGCGGCGGGCGGCGGGCGCGGCUUCCAGAUGCCGCCGCAGCCGCCCCCGCCGGGCCCGGGGCAGCCGUCGCCGCCGCCCGAGGCGCUGCCCUGCCGGGACGGCGCGGACCCCGGCCAGCCGGCCGAGCUCCUCGGGGAGGUGGACCGCACGGAAUUCGAACAGUACCUGCACUUUGUGUGCAAGCCCGAGAUGGGGCUCCCCUACCAGGGACACGACUCCGGCGUGAAUCUGGCGGACAGCCACGGGGCCAUCUCCUCGGUGGUGUCCGACGCCAGCUCCGCGGUGUAUUACUGCAACUACCCCGACGUCUGACGGGCCCCCUCCGACCCAGCCUGCAGGCCAGAAGCACAAACAGUGUUACACACUUCCUGGAGGAGCUAAGGAAAUCCUCAGCCUCAUGUCGUGUCAUGUUGUUUUGAAGUUGCCUUGGCGUAUAAUUUAUGGUAAUUUAUUUUGUCUGCCACUCGAACACUUGGGGGGAGAAAAAUGUGAGGUGGUGUUUGAAGAUUGGUUCAGACACUUGUUUCCCACAGUUGCGUUGUCAAAACCCCAUUUCCAAAUUCAAGUUCACCGGUUUUCAGUGGGUCCCGGAACAACUCGCUCCGUUUCCCGAAGCUUUUUAUUGAUCUAAGAAAUUUUAUCCCGGGUGUGUUUUUUCAAUCUUAAAAAAAAUAAAUAAAUAAAAUCUGGAAUCCUA